AUGCUUGAAACCUUUUACCGUGUGAGAAGGAUAUGGUACCUGAUCAUUUCCGUAAUUGGUGUCCCUGUCAAUUCAGUUGCGAUUGCGAUCCUGUCCCAAGGAAACUGCGGGCUCUCCACGUGCACCACUCGCUACCUGGUGGCUAUGGCAACGGCGGAUAUACUGACCAUCGUAUUUCGGGUCAUAUUGUGGCGUCUCAGUUAUUAUUAUUUCCCCGGGACUUUCCUGGACAUCACCCCUGUAUGCAGUGUGAUCUCAGCCCUGGGAGUGGCAGCCAUGGAUUGUUCUGUUUGGUUCACCGUCACUUUUACAUUUGAUCGGUUUGUCACAAUCUGCUGUCAGAAGUGGAAAGCAAAGUAUUGCACCGGGAAAACUGCGACUGUGGUUCUGACAGCAACCGGCGUUCUGUUCUUUUUUAAAAAUGUGCCCUACUUCUUCAUAUAUCAGCCUAUGAAAGUAAUUGGCAAUAUACCCUGGGACUGUAUUCGAAAGCCGGACUUGUAUGCGGAUCCCGGGUGGAUAGGAUAUAGAUGGUUUUCCACUGUUCUAACGCCAUUGCUCCCGUUCGUGUUAAUACUACUGCUCAACGCUCUGACAGUCAGACACAUUUUAGUGACUAGUCGCGUCCGUAAGGGGCUGAGGGGUCAGAGCAAGGCGGAGAGCCGCAGUGACCCGGAGAUGGAGAGCAGGAGGAGGUCUGUGAUCUUACUUCUCACCAUCUCCGGAAACUUUAUCAUACUGUGGUCGUUAAAGGUUGCUGAAUUUCUCUAUAACACCAUUGCUAGUUUGGAUCAGAAUAAUUACAACGAAUCGGAAUACAUCGCUGAACACUCCGGAUAUAUGCUAACAAUAUUAAGUUGCUGCACGAACACGUUUAUUUAUGGGGUGACUCAGUCCAAGUUCAGAGAGCGGUUCAUCAUGGCUGCGAAAUAUCCGCUGACAUCACUUAUUCAACUCGUUAAUAAUCAAAAUAUCUGA